UGCUUUGCCCUAACCCCUAUUCAUUAAAGACACUGGAUUCCAUUUACCUUAAGCUUUCCCAUCUAUUUUUGCAAUCUCAAAAAGAUGAUCGGAGGGAGGCUAGGAGAGAAGAUAGGAUUGAAAGAGGAUGUGAUUCAAAGGGCUUGCAGACUGUCCAUGAAGGCUCAUGAAAAGGCCCCUGGGAAGCCAUACAUCCAUGAAAAAACCCGGGGCUCCAACGAUGUUCUCUUCGCCUUCCCCGGUUCAUGGUGCGUGGAUGACUGGUUCACCAGGGAUCCAUUUGGGGAAGUUAAGGUUGAUGUCUCCAAGUUUCCAUGUAUCAGGAGUGUUGGCAAUGAAGAGAUAGGAUUAGUAAAUGAAGCUUUUGCUACAAGGUUUGAUGCCCUAUUGAGCAGAUCACCACUUGCAGCAGAGGUGGAGAAAGCUAUGUCUGAGAGGAAGCAGGUCGUCUUCGCGGGGCAUUCCUCAGGGGGUGCAACGGCCAUUCUCGCAGCCAUUUGGUGCUUUGAGAAAUACAUAAGAUCCAACCAUUCUCAGACAAUGCCUCUCUGUGUAACUUUUGGAUCACCUCUACCCGGAAACCAUGUCUUCUGUCAUGCUCUGAAGCGCGAGAACUGGUCCCGUUGCUUCUUCCACUUCGUGAUGAGGCAUGAUGUUGUGCCAAGGAUAAACCUGGCUCCUCUCUCGAACAUCCAGCCAUGGCUGCACGCCGUUCUCGAGUCUCUCAACCCGAGAUCACAGUUCCAUCUGCAGGACUCGUCUGCAGCAUCAGGUUUCCUGCUGUCAGUAAUGAAAAACGUGCUGUCUGUGGCAAGCCAUGCCGCAUGCAACCUCAAGGGGUGCACCAGUUUGCUGCUGGAGACUGUUGCGAGCAUAGUUGAGCUCAGCCCUUAUCGGCCUUUCGGGACAUUCGUCUUCUGUCCAGGGAACGGGAAGCUUGUUGUGGUUGACAACCCGGACGCGGUGUUGCAGAUGCUCUUCUUCUGCCUUCAGUUCAGCCCUGAGGAAGAAAACACAGAGUUUCUGCAUAAAAUGAUGAGAGACCAUUUCUUAUAUGAAAGUGAAUUGGAAGAAAGCCUAAAUAUGCAAGAUGUGAUCUACUUAGACAGUCUUGUAAAUAUCCCUUUAGAUGCUCAAGCCACUACCUCUUAUUCAGCUGCACUAAAUGAUCUUGGCCUUACAGCUCAAGCACGGCUGUGCCUUCGCGCUGCUGGUGAGAUGGAGAGGCAGAAGACGGAGAAUCAGAGGAGAAUAGACUCCAACAAAGACAUCAUUAGAGAAGCACUAAAGAAGAUACAUGAAUACAAGACUAGCUGUGAGAUUAAGAAGAUUGGCUACUAUGACACCUUUAAAAUCCAAAAAGAUAUAACUGAUUUCAAUGCCAAUGUGAAGAGGCAGGAGCUCUCCGGGAUAUGGGACGAGAUCGUCGAGAUGAUCAAGCGGUACGAGCUGCCCGACGGGUUCGAGGGCAGGAAGGAGUGGAUAGAGCUAGGGACCUUGUUCAGGCGACUCAUGGAGCCACUAGACAUAGCGAACUACUACAGACACUUGCUGAACGAGGACACAGGGCCUUACAUGGUGAAAGCAAGGCCAAAGAGGUACAAGUUCACGCAAAAGUGGCUGGAGCACGCAGAGAGGAUGGUGGCCGGGGGGAGCUCUGAGACGACGUUUUGGGCAGAGGUAGAGGAGCUGAGGGCGAAGCCGUAUGAUCAGGUUAGGGGUGAGGUUCUGAGGUUGGAGCAAGAUUUGUAUGCAUGGGUUAGUAAUGGAUGGAUGGGGACAGAUGUUUUCUUGGAGGGUUCUAGUUUCAGUAAGUGGUGGAAGACACUCCCUCUUGAGCAUAGGUCUGGUUCUUGCAUUGCAGCCUUUAUAAAACACUGAAGUCUUGUUUUGAAAAGUAUGGGUGGGGCUAAAUGCACCCCCAAAAUCCUCAAUAUCACCUCACUUGCUAAGAGAUUUUUAGAA